AUGCCGCGUCAACAAAUCAACCUCGAACCUUACCGGGACGAGAUUAUUACGCUGUUUCAACACGGCAUCAGUAGCGACUCUAUCAGCCGCACCCUUGAGAGCCGGUAUAAUAUCCAGGUCAAAGAACGGACCAUUCAAUCGCGGCUACGGAAGUGGGGUAUCCGCAAACGCAGUCGGACCACGACUGCGGACGAGGUGCUCCAUGCGCGCAUCAAGGUGCUCUUCAUGCAAGACAGGCUGACCGAUAAGGCAAUGCUGAAGCUACUGCGACAAGAUGGCUAUGACAUCUCGGAGCGUACGCUUCGUCGGCUACGAUUCCAACUUGGGCUUCAUGCGAGGGCCUCCACGUUUGAUCAGGAACGGGGGUCUGGCCCGAUUCCAGUUCCUUUUCCUGUUGCCAUGUCAAUGCCGGUGAUUGCAGCUAAAGAUGGUCAAGGCCUUUGA